AUGAAUGUAAUCUAUCGGAAGAACAUUUUUAAAAAAAUUUCAGGGAAUAAAACCAAUGUUCAAGGGCAUCUACAACUCGAAUUUGUGCCGGUAAUAUCGAUGGCUAUCCGAUUAAAUGGAUUUAGGUUUCCAUUAUCGUCUCUGCGGGUGUUAGCGUUUCUGGUGGUUGCAGUUUUCAUGAUCUCAUCAAUUUUUAUUUAUAACUCGACAUUUUUCGAACAAUCUCCUACAUGGAGUCCCCAAGCACUUACUGGAAGAAUCGAAAAUGUAGAUGAUUAUGAUGCGGCGUGUAGUGGAUAUUCAGUCGGGAGAAUUCUUCGAGAACAGAAAAGAAUAUUAGCAUCAGUCCGUUCGGAGUUGGUUGAGUCCCAAGCCAAAAUUGAGGAAAUACGAGCCGUUCAGGAGGAGUUACAGAGAUUGAUCCCUCAAAAACAACUGGAAUUAUCAGCAUUAGAAGGUGAAAUCGAAGCUGCUCAAAGGCAAUUGGAAGAGCUGAGGGAAAUUCAAAAUGUGAGAGUGUUUUUACCAUACUCUCCCCUUCAAAUUAGUUCAUCUGGCACAACUCAUCUUCCACAAUCUUCUUCCCUCAACUUCGACAGUGUUAUCGACUACAGCCUUUGUUCUAUCACCUCUUUCAUGCCUGUUUAUGUAGAAAAAAUCACAAAUGGAGCUGCAGAAACAGAGUGGAGCGCUGUAUUCCGAAAAGUUGCUCCACAUUUAACUGAAGAAUCCGAUAGCGCAUGUAUAAAGAUUCGAAUAACUAGUGGAGUACUUCCAACCGAAUCAGUUAGCAAUGAGAUCCUAUUCAAUAUUGGAGAAUCAUUUGAAAAUGACCUCAAGUCGAUAGUAGUCCAGUCAUCACAUCUUCGCUCAUUUGAUUUUGCUCUACAAGUCAACCGGACUACAGAGAAACGCGAGCCAGUUCCUUUGCUGCCACUAAAUCGAGAAAAUCUAAUUGGUCUAGUAAUUGGAAGCAAUCACAAGAUGCUGAAUUUAUCAUCUUUGGAAGAAUCGUUCAAGCCGGCGACCCAUAAUAGAAUCAUUCAAAAAUGUUAUCAAGAAAAAACCGAAUGUGGACCAGAAAUCACAAGACGGAUCUAUGCAUCAUCUACGUUUUGUUUCAUUCUUGAAUCUGAUGACUUCCUCGAUAAUUUCAUGACUUCCCUUGAAGUUGGAUGCGUUCCAGUCGUUCUGUCAAACACUCAGCCACUUCCCUUUCAAGGAUUGAUUGACUGGCGACGUGCCACUUUUAGACUUCCUAUUGCUCGUCUUCCAGAAGCUCAUUUCAUCGUUAGAUCAUUUGAGAAUAGUGAUAUUCUGGAAAUGCGGAGAAUGGGAAGAGUUUACUAUGACUCUUACUUUGCUGAUCAAGAUACUAUUGCUCGAAGUUUGUUAGCAGCUCUUCGCCACAAGCUGCUUAUUCCAACAAAAGAGACCCGAUCCAGUCUGAGAAAUCAAGCAAAACCCUUGUUCAAUUCAACAUUCACUCCUCCAAAGGGUACUGUGGUCAAUGUUCAACCCAAUUUUGAUGAUGAAUAUCUCCUUGGACCAUUGGAAUCUCGUGUGGAAUCAAAUUCAUUCGCUUACAACUUUUCUGAAUUUCAACUAUAUUCUUACGACACCUGGAACACUAUUUUCUCGCCACAUCGUUCGAAGGAAUUCAUUAUCAACUCGGCGGAGUUUCCAACAGAAUCGGAAUUCUACGAAGACACUCGCAUUGGCUUCAGACCCAUCGAGCCUGGAAGUGGCGUGGAGUUCAGUAAAGCGCUUGGAGGGAACAGACAGAGAGAGCAGUUCACAGUAGUGUUGCUAACAUAUGAAAGGGAUACGGUACUCGUGGGAGCCCUGGAGCGGCUGCAUCAACUACCGUACCUGAAUAAAGUAGUGGUUGUCUGGAAUAAUAUUCAUCGAGAACCACCGGAGAGUUGGCCGUCAUUGCAUGUUCCUGUCGAAUUCAUUCGAGUUACGGAGAACAGUUUGAAUAACAGAUUCGUGCCAUGGGACAGAAUUGAGACGGAAGCUGUUCUAUCGUUGGAUGACGAUAUCGAUUUGAUGCAACAAGAAAUCGUUUUGGCUUUUCGAGUAUGGCGCGAGAAUCGAGAUAGAAUUGUCGGCUUUCCAGCUCGCUAUCACGCUAGAUAUGGCGAUGCAAUGUACUACAACAGCAACCAUACUUGUCAGAUGAGUAUGAUUCUCACAGGAGCAGCUUUCAUUCAUAAAGUAUAUUAUAUUGAACUAUAUACCCAACCGAAAACUUUCUUUCAGAACUACUUGAGUGCGUAUACCUAUCACAUGCCUGCGGUUGUUCGAGAACACGUCGACAGUAUCAAGAACUGUGAAGACAUCGCAAUGAACUUUUUAGUUUCCCAUCUGACCAGAAAACCUCCAAUUAAAACUACUUCCCGAUGGACUUUAAAGUGGGUCGACAAUAUAUUUAUCAUUUCGAAAUGCCCAACAUGCACAGAAAGUUUGUUCAAAGAAGAUUCUCAUUUCGAUAAACGCCAUGAAUGUAUACGGAUGUUCACUAAAAUUUACGGAUACAAUCCACUAAGAUUUUCCCAAUUUCGCGCUGACUCUAUCCUAUUCAAGACUCGGCUGCCUCAGAAUCAUCAGAAGUGUUUUAAAUAUGUGUAA